AAUUACAUUUGCAUUUGCAUGCACAUCUUUGAAUGCAACUCUAAAAUAGUAGCUACAGUUUAACUAAGUGGAUUAAAUUGGCCAAUUACUUUUAUUUGACCUCUGUGUCACACAUUAACAGCGACAGGAAGUACAGCAAAUGUCAGACUGGGACUUAGAGAUGGGCUUGUCCUGUUAAACUCCCAAACAGACUUUCACUGAGUGUAAAUGUUUGGCCCCUGAGGGCCUCCAUGCUGAAAUGCACUUCAGUGGUGUGAUUUAUCGAGCGCGGAUCGGAUAUCGGUGUGUGUCUUCAGCACCUCUCUCAGUCCUGCUCGUUAGACCCACAAACAACUGCUCUCUCCCGGUCGCCCCUUUACGAUUCGGGGCACAUCACACGCUGCUGGGGUGGGGAUUUGAAAUCCGAUAGCGUUCCCGCCGGCAUUCGAUAUCGCAUGAUGUCACUCUGGCCUUGUCACAUACUGAGUCUUAUGCCCUCGGAGAGAGUGGAGGUGAGCUGGGGGACCGAGAGGUAAAAUAAUAACUGAAUACAAGAAGGGAAACUAGAAUCGCACCUGGUCUCCAGUCACAUUCAGGUGUUGGCGCGACGGAAAGCUCGGGAAAUCCAGGUGAAACUCAAGGACCAGGUGGCCAAAGACAAAGCCAUGCAGAGUAUGUCCAGCAUGUCGUCGGCUCAGAUCAUCUCAGCCUCGGCGUUUCAGAACAAGAUGGCUCUGCAGGGUCUCUCGAGGCCGGCCUACCCGACCGCUGCUGGGUUUUGGCAUGGAGCUCUCGCAGGACAAACCACAGGCCCUGAAGACAUCAAGCCGUUUUCUCAACAGAACUUCGUCAUGCAGGCCAGCGGUCCUCCGCCGAUGACAGGUUAUGACAGCAGCACGGGUCUGUCGAUGUCCUCAGGCGCGCCUCCCUGGCAGGGCCGAAGCAUCGCCAGCUCCAGACUGCGCAUGCUGGAGUUCUCCGCUUUCCUGGAGCAACCUCAGGAUCCAGAGACUGUCAACAAGCACCUGUUUGUUCACAUCGGUCAGUCCAACCCCACGUACAGCGAUCCGUACCUCGAGGCCGUGGAUGUACGGCAGAUUUAUGACAAAUUCCCAGAGAAGAAAGGAGGACUGAAGGAGCUGUUUGAGAAAGGACCGGCUAACGCUUUCUUCCUCGUCAAGUUCUGGGCGGAUCUGAGCAUCAACCUCCAGGACGACAGCAGCUUCUUCUACGGCGUCUCCAGUCAGUACGAGAGCUCAGAAAACAUGAUCAUCACCUCCUCCACUAAAGUCUGCUCGUUUGGGAAACAGGUGGUGGAGAAGGUGGAGACGGAGUAUGCACGCUUCGAGAAUGGCAGAUACGUCUUCAGGAUCCAUCGAUCGCCGCUGUGUGAAUACAUGAUCAACUUCAUCCACAAACUCAAGCAUCUACCAGAGAAAUACAUGAUGAACAGUGUACUGGAGAACUUCACCAUUCUGCAGGUGGUGACCAACAGAGACACUCUAGAGACCUUGCUAUGCAUCGCAUACGUGUUUGAAGUGUCCACCAGCGAGCACGGAGCCCAGCAUCACAUCUACAGACUCGUCAAAGACUGAGAGCGAGCGUCUGAGCUCACUGAUCUACAGACGCCGCGGCGCCCCCUCCUGGACGCAGCCCAGACUCCUGAAGGGGUCCCGAAGACACGCCGGGCACAGGACUCUCACAGGCACAAGCAGAGAAUCUGCAGGAAUGGCAAAUCUGAAUGUCAUGACAUUUGAAUUUCUUUCUUUUGUAUAUUGAGAACGAAAUGCAUGAGAAAGUUCUUUGGUUUUUCUUCAUUUCAUCUCAUUUUAGCCCCUAAGUGUUUGUAUUAGUGUUUGUUACUCUGGGUGUGAUGGUCACCUAUUUGUUUUGUUUUUUACAAACCAAAAGUGGACAAACAGUAGUUUUUCAUCAUUUAUCAGGACUAAGGUGAACGGCAUAAUGACUGAAUGUUUAAGUGAUGUGUUUUUUCGUAGAUUUGCUAUAUUGUAUUUAUCAGAUGUAUUCUUGAAUGUGGAAAACUUAAACUCUGUACUGGUCUGAGGAAGCCGGAAGAUUCUGGGGGUUUUCUCCACAACAAGGGCUUGUAAAAAACAGAGAUGUAACUGUGUAAUUUUACGUGACAGCAGAAUCAGGCAGUAUGAAACAGUUUGAUAUUUGGAAUAAAGAGUGUGUUAUCCCUUUAAAUUUAUUAU